AUGGCCCAGCACGGAGGGUUCUGGUUUGGUGCGGAUGUGGACAUCCUGUUCGCUGGAUGGCCUUCUGGUCACGGCCACUUCCAUUUCUACAUGGCCCUAGUUCUCGUGUUCAUGCUGUCGAUGUGCGCCCAGAUGUAUGCAAUGACUCCCAUGACCUCCCCCAAGAUGGUUCCUAAGAGUCUCAUCCAGCACGCCGCCCUCCAUUGCUUUCGUACUUUCAUCAACUUCUUGGUCCUCCUCUGUGUCAUCACCUUCAACCUUGGAGUCUUAAUCACAGUACUCCUGGGCCACGUAGGCGGCUACGUAGCUCUCACAAUGUACAUCCACUAUCACUUCCCGGCCCCCGUCGCUGAUGCCCCGGCUAACGAUGAAAAAGCCUGA